AAGUGCUGUGGAAUUCUACGUUAACUUACAAAGCUAUUUUUGAGUUCAAGUAACUUUCAAAUGAGUAGUAAACUCUUGAUGAUAAAAGUAAUUUAAAUUCGUCAUCAUCUCAAAAUCGUUUUGCAGCCAUUUAACAGGCCGUGUUGAUAAGCCAUGAAUUUCAUUAUUAUAUGUUCAGUGCUCUUAGGUUCUCUAGUCUUCAGUUCGGCUUUACCAAGAAGAAAUAAACGAGCUGCCUAUGAUCUUCCUGACGGCAUCAACCUAUUGCUGCAAGAUAUUCGCUCCACCUUCUCUUGUCAAGGGGAUGGAUAUUAUGCUGACGUAGACAACAAUUGUCAGAUCUUCCACGUAUGCCACGGAUUCGAGGAAGGAUCUCCAAGGCAAUGGAGUUUCGCUUGUGGCAAUCAAACAGUUUUCAAUCAGCUGACCUUCACUUGCUCGUAUCCUGAAGAAGCUGUGCCUUGCGACAGAGCACCCGAUUUCUUCUACUUAAAUGGUAACGUCCAACAGGGUGAUCCAGAAGUGCCAUUCCUCAAUGAACAAGACGUCCAGAAUGCUGCAGCUUUCAUUCCUGGUUAUAACAACCUUGCAAGCAGAGGAGCAGAAGCUGCCCAACCUGCUAGAGGAUAAGCUAUUGGACACAAUCUUUUUAAAGAACUUGAGUUAAUACUCUUUAAUGCGCUACGGGCGGAUAAAGGUCCUUUUUCGGUUGACCUAUGGUGUUGGUAAGAAGACUGCAACAUUUGAAACCCUUUCUGCUAAUUUGAACCAUGUUUCUUAAAGCGCCUUGAAACUGAGGUACCACUUGCGCAUGCGUUUCUUUAGAUGAUGAAAAACAAUCAUCUAUCCCAAAUGAAGCAACAUGCAGAGUACAUACGUGUAUUUUAUAGUAUUUGUGUAUUUUGUCAGUAAAUUUGUGAAAUAAUGAAACUUUGUCUGAUGUCUGUAAACCAUUUAUCUUUAAGAUAGUGUUAGUCUGGUCAGAAAUGUAUCUCAUUCCAAAUUUUCCAUGUUAUAAUACACUUUUGUUUUCACUAGGAAUUCUAUUUAUCUUAAAAUUAAUAACAGAACUUAUUAACCAAAAUAUAAUAUGGAGAAUAGUAAAUAAUUUUGGAUUCUCGUACUUCAAUUAUAACUGAUGAAUUGCUUCAAGUAGUGUUUAUAAAGUUAGUGCUUCAGAGUCAGAUUAAACGUAAAGGAAAAAGAUUAUUUUACAGAAAUUAUUUUACACUUUUGCGAGAAUUUUUUAUUAACACUUCUAACAAGUAUUUUGUUUUUUACAUUUCCUCUUUUUUUUUGUAAACAUGACUUAAAAUUUGUCGUAUCCAUUAAUGGAGUUUUCAAAAUACCCACUUAAAUGUUACUAACAAAAUAGAAACAUUUAAAAGGCAUUUUUUAAUUAUAAUAUUUAUAGUGAACUCUGUAGACCCUUUUUUACACUAGGGUAGAUUUAAAUUCCUGUUGUGAUAAAAUACAUUUUGAUCUAAAAUAGAAAUUUUAGUGAUUUUAUAUUCAUCCUAGAUUUUGCUUCAGGUAACACAUUUAAUUCUGUGCCGGGGAAAUGUGUCGGGUCGGCGGUUGGAGGGCAAGGUCUUCACUUUCCUAUCUGCAUUCCAUGUAUGAUCUCACAAUUGCUUUAACCUGCAUGUAUGAAGAUUGAGGAGAAUGGGUUAGCUAUGCUGUUAGAAAGAAAUAUCUCAAAGGAUUAAAAGCAAUUGACCUCUGCUGAUGUAAUAGAUAGCUUCAUUUGAUGCAGAAACACCUGACAGCAGAUAACCGAUCAGUAAGAUCAAACAACUGAUCUCUAAAUGUGUGGCAGAAUAACUGAGAGUAGAACAGAAUGUAAACUAGAGAAAUUAUUAUUUUUGCUAAAUCUGGUGAAGUUGCAUAAAAGGCGUGUGGUACACAAAAGUUUUUGAAACACAUAAAAAAAGGAAAUAUAUAUAUGUGCUCAACUGGCAAGUGGUUUUAAACCCAUUUCCUCAGUUGUUUUUUAACCUUUACCUCUGAAGGUUUUUAAACUGUAUAUAAAUAUACCUUUAUGGGUUUAACUAAAGAGUCAAACUUUAUAAAAUGCUUCAGCACAAAGGUGUUGCACCUAACACAACCUUCUACCAUAUUUUGGAUUUAAUUUAUAGCUGAUGUCAAACGAUGCUUGAUUUUUAUGAUUGUUUUUGUUCAUUAUCGUUGUUUAUAUGCAUGAAGGCAUCUCUUCUUUUAGGCAGAUCGCUCUCGCGUGCUUUGCUAUAAUCAAAUACCUCAAAGUAGCCCGCUGUUUUUAUUUAACCCAUUUUAAUGCACAAAAAAUUAGCAAGAAUUUUAAGCCAUAAUAAUUUCCGAAACAAUAGAAAUAGCACUUUAUUCAUUACAUGUACAAGCACUUCGAGCCUUGUUCUGCAGAAUACCGAAUUCUGUUUUAAAUCAGCUUACUUUUAUUGAGCUGAUUUCAAACAUACCCAAGAAACGCACUUUUAAUCCAAAAAGUAUGAAUUCACAUGCGUGUAUGCGCGUAUAUAUAAAUGCACUUAAGAAAUGGAAUAAAUGUUAUUGUAUGCAAGUCUAAUGGCCUAAAACUGCAUUAUUUAAGAUCUUUUAAUACCAGUUAUUAAACUAGACUCUUUAUACUUUUUCUUUUAUUACUUGUUACUUUAUGAAGCUCAGCUUUAAAUGUGAUAGAACAGGUGAAAAGGUCUAAUGCAUUCUAAUGGUGAAAUGGAUUCAAAGCUUUCGCUUUGUAUUGUAUUAUAAUGUGUAAUAAAUUGCAAUUCAAAGAAAA